GUCCCAUGUGGAAACACGUGGGUAGGUAAGUACGCAUGCUCGGUAUUGUGAGCACGCGGGGUGGUACUUUUGAAGAAACAAGAUGUCGAAAAGAGCUGCUAAGGGAUCUGCUGGUUCCAAGUUCCGUAUGGCCCUUGGUCUUCCAGUGGGUGCUGUUAUAAACUGUGCUGAUAACACCGGGGCUAAGAACCUCUACAUUAUAGCAGUGAAAGGUAUCAAGGGUCGUCUGAACCGUCUGCCAGCAGCUGGGGCUGGUGAUCUGGUACUGGCUACUGUUAAGAAAGGAAAACCUGAAUUAAGAAAGAAAGUAAUGCCAGCUGUUGUUAUCAGGCAGAGGAAACCUUAUCGUAGAAAAGACGGAGUAUUCCUUUAUUUUGAAGAUAAUGCUGGUGUUAUUGUGAAUGUCAAAGGAGAAAUGAAAGGUUCAACAGUAGCUGGUCCAGUGGCUAAGGAAUGUGCUGAUAUUUGGCCGAGGAUUGCUUCUAAUGCCAGCAGUAUUGCAUAAGAGAACUUAACUUUAAUAUUAUUAUUAUUAUUAAUUCUUUUGUCAUAAUAGCAAUAAUUAUUAUGAUAUUAAUGUUGGAGAUAUUUCACAAGAGCUUUUGUAGAGUAGUGAGGAAGUUUAUGUUGAGCUCUAAGUUGCUAUAAUCUGCAUAAUUUUGGUUUUUGAUUUAAAUUUUUGCUGAAAUUUCAAAAAGGAA